GUAACCAGGACCCUAACCUGAUAGGGCGUCGGGAACUCUAACCCCCUCCCAAGGUUACUUCCAGCCGCCACCACCGCCAUGCCCAUCUUCCAGGACAGCAAUGGGCUGGCCAUCAAGUUCUUCAUCCAGAAAGACAUCCCCCACGAGAUCCAGGCUGACGUCUGCGAGACCGUCGCCGCACUCGGCGGCAGGGUGGAGGCGAAGGUCCCGCGCGCGGGGUACAUCCUCAUCCAGCCCGGGACUGCAGAAGAGGAACGCCUCCGCCUCUGCUGGACGAGCCCCGAGCGGCCCGACCGCUACUUCGUGCCCUACACCUUCGUCGAGGCGUGCAAGAUCCACGGCAUGCUCCUCAAGCAGAUCUUCAUACACGAGGGCCAGCCGAUCAGGAUGCACAUCGACUCGAGCAUCGCGAACGUCAACGUCAGGGCCACACUGAGUGCGCGGAUCAUGCACUCCGGUGGCGAUCCCACCGCCUCCGCCCAAUCGGCGCGCGUCAUCCUCGCCGACCCGAACACGGACAUCUUCCAGCACCUCGUCAGGACGUAUCAGGACGAGCCCGACAAAUACGUCGAGUCCUACCUGUGGGUUAGGAAGUGCAUCGAGAAGGGUCAAGUCAUCUACACCUCUUAUGUAUACAAGAACCCGGGUGGGCGCCGGCCUGGGGAAGAGAGGACACAGUUCACGGAGGACGAUGAGCGGCAUUUGUGCGAAUGGAUCGCAGCGAAGAUCCCGUACAAGAAGACGGGUGGAAGGACGGGCAACCGGCUCUACCAGCAGCUCUGCGAACUAGUACCUGACCCCGAGUACGCCUGGGUGACCCGCCACACCUGGCAGUCCUGGCGCGAACGCUACAAGAAGAACGCCGCGCGGCUCGACACCAAGAUCUCCGAGAUCGUCGAGCAGAAGAAACCCGCGCACGGCGCGAAGGGCCAAUACGGCUACGUCCGCGCCCCCGAGGAGAAGCCGCGGCGCAUCCGGCCGAAGAAGGGCGCGACGGGCAGCACGCCGGGCGGGGCCGCGGGGCCGUCGAGCGCGGCGUCCGAGCUGCAGGAGCUCGAGAACUUCCCGCCCGUGCCGAUGCCCGUCGUCCCGGGAGUCCUCGCGCCCGUGGGCCACCCGCAGGGCUUCAUGCACAUGAACAUCGGCGCGAUGCACGCGAUGCCCGGGGUGAUGUACCCCGUGGGCGCCGCGCCGCCGGGCACGCAGGCCAACCCGCCGAUGGCCGCGCUGACCCCGGAGGCCGCGCGCCAGAACGCGACGGAGGAGGAGAUGGAGGACGACGAGAGCGAGUGGCAGAUCCGCGUGGCGGACCCGCAUGCGCCCCAGCCCGCGUGGGCGAAGCGCAAGCAGGAGGCGGAGGGCUCGGACCAGGGGGGGAACAAGAGGCAGCGGACGAGCUCACCAUGCGUCGACCCGAGUCUGAGCCUCACCGACAUCGCCCGCGAGUUUCGCUUCACGCUGGAAGAAGUGGAGGAGUACUACGCGAAGUGCAACAACAUCGCUCGUACUAAAGCACGCUUCAAGAAGAUGCGGGAGGUCCUUGCUGCGCUCAAAGAUGAGGAUUUUGACUCGGACUAA